GAAAGGUGUUGCACUGACAGGCGCGCGCGCUCCGACAGGGCACUUUCUUGAAGCUGGACACACUCGCGCGCGCGCACACACACACACGCACGCACGCGCUCGCAUACAGACCAGGAUGGCGAAGGAGGCAGGGCAGAAAGCAGCAGACGACACAAGCGAAACACAGAGAGAAGAAGCAGAAGCUAUAGGCCCAACCAUGCGAGAACAUUUACUGAAAAGGCGCAGGAUGUUCCUGGAAUGGGAAGACACGCCGGAUCUUAUAGAGCCAGAUGAAGUACAGCGUUAUAUGCAGUCACACUUCAGCCUUGAUGAAUAUCCCUCACGAAAAUUUAGUGCGUCGCACUGGAGGCUGCAGAACACCGUCCAGGAGUCCAUGGACAGCUCGGAUGAGGAGUUCUUCGAUGCCAGAGAUGUUAUGGAGGGGAAGACAGCCAUCCUGCUGGAGAUGAGCCAGUGGAACUCGAACGACCUGGUGGAGCAAAUUGAGACCCUGGGCCACCUGGAGUGCUCACGAGAAAGCCUGUACAGACUGAGACACCCUCGGUGUGCACCACAGAGCAGUGUAGAUGGUCAGGAGGACAUGGAGAGGAAAUGCAGAACACAGCUGUUGAUCCUGGUCGUUCAUGGAGGUCACAUUCUAGACUCUGGAGGCGGUGAUCCAGGCGGGAAGGCGGGAGACGCUGCGACGCUGGCAUCGGUGUUGGAGCGGGUGGCACGCGCUCACUUUCAGGAAGCAGCAGAUAGCAUGCUAGUGCGCUUGGUGCCCUGCCCUCCUGUGUGUGCCGAAGCUUUCUCGUUCGUCUCUCACUUGAAUCCGUACAGCUACGACGAGAGCUGUGUUUGCAGUAGUGUGGAUCACUUGCCAUUGGCUGCUCUGCCCAUCCUCGCCAUCGCUGCUCCUCAGUACCAGGACGCCGUGGCAGCGGUGAUCGCUCAGGCCAAUCAGGUGUAUCAUGACUUCCUCCAGUCGCCCGAGGGGCUCAGCUUCACCGGGCAGGUGUGCUUGGUGGCUGACUGUGUCGGUGGAGUGCUUUGUUUUGACGCACUGUGCUUUAGUGGCGACAAGCGGCACACAAGUCCCAUGACUGACACAACAAACUACAGCACUGAGAGCCUCAAGGAGAAGCCAGGCACGAUGAGCAGUCUGAGUCCCACACUGAGGAGCAGCAAGCGCCUGAGUAAGAGCAACAUCGACGUUUCGGCACCAUGCGAGUCAGCACCAGCCCUCCGCCGUCCGCUCAGCCGCAAGCAGAGCGACUCGUGUGACACGGACAUUGCCGGAAGUCAGAGAGACGUCUUCUUCAGCAGUCUGUCUCAGGAUGAGCAGAUGAACUCUGCACAGUCUCAAUACCCAGGCUGCUUCGACUUUGAGGUUUCAGACUGCUUUCUGCUUGGCUGUCCGCUCGGACUGGUGCUGGCUAUGAGGAGAACCGUGCUGCCAGCUCUUCAGAUUGCCCAGUUGCGUCCAGCCUGCUCGCAAAUCUUCAAUCUGUUCUACCCGUCUGACCCAUCUGCCUCACGUCUGGAGCCCCUGCUGUACCCACCUCUCACCCAGCUGCCCCCCUUCACUGUGUCACGCUACCAGCGCUACCCACUAGGCGAUGGGCGCUCCACUCUCAUUGCUGACACUGCGGUUAAACAGCCAUCAGAAGGAAGUGGCGAAAUCGUUCAGUCUGCAUGCUGCAAGACAGCGAAUGAUGGAACAUCUUCCAACACCGAGGCCAAGGACAGUCAGACAGACCUGACCAUCUCACAGCUGUGUAGCAGGUGGUGGGGUGUUAAGCGCCUAGACUAUGUGCUUUACUGCCCCGACGUGCUCACAGCCUUCCCCACUGUCGCGCUGCCUCAUCUGUUCCACGCUUCAUACUGGGAGUCGACCGACGCCGUGGCCUUCAUCCUCAGACAGGUGCUGCGCUGUGACUGUUUGAAGGCAGGUGAAGCAGACUGCUGCGACUCAGUGCCCAUCUCCCCGUCCAGCCCACGAGAGAAGUGGCUCCGUAGAAGAACACAUGUCAAACUGCGGAACGUGACAGCUAACCACAGAGUACAUGAUGUGAUCGCGACAGAGGAUGGGCCUCAGACGCUGGUCGGGAGGUUCAUGUACGGCCCUUUGGACAUGGUCACCCUCACAGGAGAGAAGGUGGACGUGUUUUUGGCGACCCAGCCUGGAUCAGGGCGCUGGGUGCUGUUCGACACUGAGUUAACCUCCAGCAGUGGUCGUGUCACCUACACCAUUCCUGCAAACAAGAGACUCUCGGUUGGUGUUUACCCCAUCAAAAUGGUGGUCAAAGGUGACCAGACCAGUGCAGAGGCGUUCCUCACUGUGCUGCCGCGAGGAAUGGAGUGUGUGGUGUUCAGCAUCGAUGGCUCCUUUGCUGCCAGCGUCUCACUCAUGGGUAGCGACCCUAAAGUCCGUCCUGGAGCUGUAGAUGUGGUUCGGCACUGGCAGGACCUCGGGUACCUGAUCAUCUACAUCACCGGUCGUCCCGAUAUGCAGAAGCAGAGGGUGGUGUCGUGGCUCUCGCAGCACAACUUCCCAAAGGGCAUGGUGUUUUUCUCAGAGGGGCUCGUCCACGACCCCCUGCGCCAGAAAACCAUCUUUCUCAGGAGCCUCAUCAAAGAGUGUCACAUUAAGAUCAGCGCCGCGUACGGCUCUAUGAAGGACAUGUCCGUGUACAGCGCUCUGGGCCUGGAGUCCUCACAGAUCUACAUCGUGGGAAGACCGUCCAAGAAACACCAGCACCAGUGCCAGUUCCUGAGUGAGGGUUACGCUGCUCAUCUCUCUGCCCUGGAAUUCGAGCACGGCUCACGUCCCAAGAAGAACCGCAUGAUCCUGCGCCAGGGUUCCUUUGGCCUCUCGCCCAAACCUGAUUUCCUGUCUCCGUCGCCCGAUUUCUUGACAUGUAAGCGCACGCCGCUGCUGCGCCGAGCCAUGUCCAUGCAGCAGGCGUCUCCACCUUCAUCCUCGUCGUCCACGCCGAAACCAGAGCGCGCUCAGAGCCAGCCCGAGAGCCACAGGGAUGGCCCUGAGAUCCGCAUUGAACUUGAUGAUCAGGAUCCGGAAACAGGAGGGUUUACUGCUGUACUGUGAGGGGAAUAUGGCCUAAGGGGGAAGCCAUGGCCUAAUGGUUAGAGAAGCAGCUUUGGGACCAAAAGGUGGCCGGGUUGAUUCCCUAGACCAGCAGGAAUGGCUGAAGUGCCCUUGAGCAAGGCACCUGCUCCCCAGGCUGCUCUGGGUAUGCUGUAUGUCGCUCUGGAUAAGAGCGUCUGAUUAAUACCAUUUAAUGUAAUGUAAUAUGAUCGCUUGGUGGGACGGAAAAAGUGACAUGGGACGUGAUUGUGGUAAAAUGAAUAAUUUUUUUUUUGGUGAGAAGUUUUGCGAUCUUUGAUCCAACAUUUGACAUUCAGAAUUUUGUGCAGACUGAAAGACCAAAUGUCAUUAGCAUCUCGGGCUACGAGCCUGCCACAUCAGUUUCACGGAGACAGCCGUGGAAGCCGCUGUCGUUCUUUAAAUCUUUUGGGUUUUUUUUUUUUCCCUUUCAGUGAUGUUUUGAAGAAGACAAACAGUAACAUGGUGCUCAGUGCAGGGCAGCAGGCUACCAUUUAUUACUGCUGACCUGCUGAGAGACUCAUUUACCAAGCGAGCUCCCGUUUGGUUUGUGCUGACGCACUUGAGCUGCUCUGCGUCACCCUGUUGCUCCGCUAGAAUACGGAUCCUGAAUAAGCCAAUCAGCACCAUAAAGCCAGAAGGACUUCAGAAAGAGCCUCUCACUUUCAUUGUGAGCUCUGUUCCGACUGAGGGCAAUGAUUGGCUGUUUUGUCUCUUUUCAUUCUGCCCAGCGUCACAGGGUUUCUCGAGGCAUUGUUGACCACACGGUGGGAUAAUGGUGCCUUCAUUUGGGGUAGUUUGGCUUGUUUUCUCUCAGCAGCCAUUAUGGUGCACUCGGCUUAUUUUCUGUGCUACGUCAGAAGGCAAAGUAAAAAAAAAAAAAAAACAGCAUUAUAUAUGGAAUUAUGUGGUAAAGAAAAAAAGUGUUAAAAAUAAAAUACUCAAUGGCCACUUUAUUAAGAACACCCACCCAUCCACUGUUCUGUUUGAUGCAGUUCUCUAAUCAGCCAAUCACUUGACAGCAGCACGAUGCAUCAAAUCACGCAGAUACAAAUCAAGAGCUUCAGUUUGUGUUCUCAAUGUUCAAACAUCAGAAUGGGAAACAUUGUGAUCUGAUCUCAAAGUGUGACUUUCUUUCACUGUGGUAUGGGUGUUGGUUUGAGUAUUUCAGAAACGGCUGAUCUCCUUCCUGGGGUUUUCACACACAACAGUCUGUAGAAUUUACACAGAUAGAAUGGUGCGAAAAACAAAAAACAUCCAUCGAGUGAGCGAGCGACGGUUCUGUGGAUGGAAACAAACGCCUUGUUGAUAAGAGAGCCCAGAGGAAAUUGGACAGAUUUGAGCUUUUUUGCCAGGAAGGAUAUAGUAACUCAUAGAGUCACUCUUUACAACCGUGGUGAGCAGAAAAGCAUCUCAGCAUGCAACAGAAAACAGAAGACCACAUUGGGUUCCACUCCUGCAAAGAACAGGAGUCUCAGAAUCAAGAACAAGUUCCUAUUAAAGUGGCCAGCAACGAGUAUAAGAAAAUAAAUAUAUAUAUAUAUAUAUAUAUAUAUAUAUAUAUAUAGACCCAAAUUUAAGACAAAACAUCAUACAAACGUCUUUAUUUUAUAUAAUGAAUAAGAUAAACAAACAGAAAUAAUGACACCUACACUUUCAUGUCCAUUACCAAAUCUGACAUCAGUUAUAAACUUCACAUUAGACGAUUAAAGAAGUGACUCGAGUGAUAAUAUCUGAGCUAAUCUUGAAGUUAAAAAAAAAAAAAAAAAAUUGAGAAAAAACAGAAAAAAAUUUCACCAAAAUUUGGUGUGUCAUCAGCGUUUAACUUCUCGUCAUCAUGACGUCACAGGAUUACUCUGGAGAUCAGAAAAUGGCCAGAUUGGUUCAGGAAGGAAAUAGUGACUCAUAUCACUCUUUAGAGCCGUGGUGAGCAGAAAAACAUCUCAGCAUGCAACAGAAAAACACACUGGCUUCCACUUCUGUGAAGAACAAGUUCCUAUUAAAGUGGCCAGGGAGUGUAUGUUUGAUGACGCUUUGUACACUAUUGGCGUUAUCUUAAACCAGCUUCAUGAGGGAGUCACCUGGAAUGCUUUUCGAUUAACAGCUGUGCUUCGUCGAAAGUCAAUUAGUGGACGAGUUUCUUGCCGCCUUAAUGCGUUGAGAGCAAACAGUAAAUAAUAAAAAUACAGUAAAUAGCCCUAUUCAACACCACAACUGGAGUAAUCCAUACAGUAUUAUGUCAAGAAAUGAUCAAGUAAGUAAAGAGAAACGGCAUCAAUCGUUACUUUAAAACAUGAAGUGACUUUUAAUUCAUAAAAAUAAAGAAAAAAUGCUGAAUUAGUAGGCGUGUCCAAACUUUUGAUUGGUACUGUGUAUGUUUUGAGAAUGCUGGCUUCAAAACAAGAACAGUAAGCUUAUCUAUACGAGUGUUUUACUGAGAAAUACACCACUCGUGUUUAUUUUUCAUACGAGCGCCAUCCGGGACAUGGAGAACCAAAACCGUGACAUAAAGCUCUAUACGUCACCUGUGAGGAAAUUGAUGAUAAAUUUUCUUUUGAUAAAUUUGGGCACUUUGUUUGUGAAUGUGUCGAUACAAUAUAAAGAAAAAAAAUAAAUCACACGUUGGCUUGAA